UCUGAUUGGCUCGGUUUGAUCUCGAGCAAUAUAACCCAUCUUUUUUGGCCAUGUGAAUUGAUAAUCUUAUAAGGAAUUGCCUACCCGCCUUUUUUUUAUCCGUUGAACAAACGAAUGAUAUGGUAAUUCAAGUUAUGGAUUUUUAGCACGCUGAAUUGACGAGAAAAAUUGUUAGUAAUUACCGGUGUUCUUUUUGUCACUAAACUGGUAAAGAUGUUGAGCAAGAACAAGAUUGAAAUUAUCGCUAUGGUUCUUGUUGUCUCCUGUCUGCGGAUUUGUGCAGGUGGACCCCGUUCUCAAUUGGAUAUUUACGAGGAUAUCGAUGGCGAUGAUGAUCCUUACAGAGAAGAUAUUCCUAGAGAGACCAUACCAAAUGUUGGGAUGUCAGAAGACCAUGGCUAUCUAACGCGGAUCAAAGUAAUUCCAACAGCGCAGCCCAUAGCUACUGCAACUGACAUCGCCAUGUCAUCAGGAUCUGGUGAAGAAGACGGACAGGGCAAAUCUGAGAAGGUUGCUUUGGAAGAGAGUAGUUCUGAUGGACCGGAAGUGCUAGGGGAGUCUAGGAAUGAGCCUACGAGCCCGUGGUCUCCUGUCUCUACGCCGAACACGGCAGGGGGUAUAACUGGUCAAGAUAGAGCGCCAAUACCACCAUCAUCAUCACCAUCAGCACAACCACCGACAACAACAUCAACAACAACAACAACAACAACAACAACAACAACAACAACAACAACAGCUGCCAUAGAAGGAGCAGCAACAACACCAACAGGAACAGAAGCAGUUAAUGUAUUUGAAGAAAGUGGAUCUCCUGCUGAUCCACUCUUGUUGCCAAGUAAUAAAACAAGAUCAGAGAAGGCUAUUAAAGUAGAAGGGAAAAGCGACAAUAAAACCCAACCAACUACCAACGGUAUUGAUCUGUUGCAAAACCAGCAAACAAAUGAUGUGAAGCCCAAAGAAGGCAGCGCAAAGGCAGAAGAGAUCGGUAGUGUUAUUCCCAAUGCCGGGAUGACUAGCGGAAGUGAGCCACAGUCUGCGGUGUCUAUUGUCACUGCGAACAAAGAUGUCGAGAAUCUCAGGGUAGGGUCAGGAGAGACAGAAGAGCAGCUGAACAGCGAGGAGGAGCACGAGGGAGCGGAUGAGGAGGAAGAGGAAGAAGAGAAGGAUCUAGAUGCUUCUGGAGCAAGUGGUCAUACAGUACCAACCUUUAGCCCCAGUAUCUCUCCCCAGGGAACACCGCUACAAGCCAAUACUGGCAACAGCGAUGAAGAGGUCGAAGAUGAUGAUGACGACAAUACUGAUGGUAAUUUUCACGAUGUUCAUGAUGGUAGUGAUGAAAAUGGGAUCGUAUUCAAUACCAAAAAAGAGGACAAGAUCGAAGGACAAGACAUCAUUGAUGAAGACAAGACUAUUCCCGAAUCCCACACCAUACACCUUCACAAGCCCCCUAGAGAUGACAAACAAGACCUUCACGGAAAUAUAAAAGAGAACGGCGAGCAAGGGAAGGACCAUGAAAGGGCCCAUGAUGCGACGGAGCUAAGUCAUUACCCGGCAUCCUCCGCUCGCCCACCACCCUCUGCCCAGGCCUUAAAUAAGACGAGUGAACAAGAGAAGGAACAUGAAAAGGCCCAUGUUGCAACUGGGUCGGAUCAUUACCCGGCAUCCCCCGCUCCCCUACCAGCUUCUCCCACGGCCUUCAAUAAUAAGACACGUACGGAGAUGCAGGAAGAAGGCCACGAGUUGACUGAUACAUCGACGGCUCCUCGUGGGAAAGCUCAGCACAAGACAAUACCAAUAAAACGCAAACCAAAGCGCGCCGGGAAGCAUAGGGCGAAACACCGCUCUACAGUACACGAAAAUGCAGCUUUCAAACAGUACCAUCAGACCCCAAAGAAACCAAAGCAUUUACUGAAAUACAUUCACAGAUUUGCAAAGGUCUCGUCUAAAACCCCACAUAACGUUGACAGAAAGCCUCCAUCUUGUGAUCACAAUGACGAGGAUGUGAAAACAGGCUAUUCCCUGAAGGGAGGCACACGAGCAGGUCACGUUAUCCAACUAGGCGAGUCUGCAGGCAUGCAAGAGUGCGUCAAGCGGUGUUGCCACCAGCACGCAUGCGAUGUGGCACUUCUUCUUGACGGCCGCUGUUUCGGAGUGGCGUGUUUCAGUAAACAUCUGUGCGAGCCUGUACCCGUGCCACACCCGCAGUUUGUGUCUUCACAGAUCGCGUUUCUUGAUAAGACAAGCAGGAGGGACGAUAUCAUACCGCAGCAAGAUUUCGGAUGUCAGUACGGGCAGUUGAGCCUACGUCACGAAGAGACUUGGAGUGGCGAGCUUUGUGGGGGUGUGGUGGUGUGUAGGAACAGCAUAGCGUCUAUCAAAAAGUGCCCUGGUCUCCCUGAUAAACCCAAGAACUGCGCAAACCCAAAGCUUAUUGUGAAUCACCACAAGGGCCAAUGCUGUACUAUGAGGUGGAAAUGCAAAGAAAAGUCCUGUAGAUUUGGUGGCCGCAUCUUGCGCCACGGCUUCAGUCUCAGCGAUCAGCUAUGCACAGGCGUCGUUAAGUGCGUGAAUGGCAACCUGAAGAUGUCCUACUGUCCAGGAAUCCCGGCCAAGCCAACCAACUGCGCACACCCCGAGCUCAAGAUAAUCACGAGACCUGGGAAAUGCUGCAAGAAGAAAUGGGUCUGCGCAGAUAAAAGCUGUUCUUAUGAGAAUCUAAAGAUUGGUCACGGCGAGCGCUUAACAGACGCCUCUUGUGCGAACAUCAUGGAAUGCAACAACGGGUUCCUCAAGACGCACCAGUGCCCAGACCCCCCUCCCAUACCUGCCGGGUGCUUGAACCCGAGUCUCAAGGUCAAGCGGGUCCUCGGCAAAUGCUGUCGUAUGAGCUGGGCAUGCGCGAUGGACAUGAGGUGACCGAACCAUCGACGCCCCAAAAGACUCGCUACCCGAUUUCCGAGUUUUAGCUGAUAUGUUAAAAAAAUGGUUCCUCCUUAGCGUGAACGAAUACUCGACAUCCGAGUUUAUCAACGGUAUGACAUUGAUCCCUUCGCAAGCAAAUGCUCGACAUCUUUAUCUAUAUCCAAGUUGGACGAACGUUCGUGCAUUUUUGUAUUUCAUUGAACCAAGCCUGUUCCCUAGAGCUGUGACGGGCUUCCUGUGUCGAACCUGUGAGCUCAUUCUAGACCCUAAAGGCAGCCUCCUUCGGAGGCAACUCCGCAUUGUAAAGAAAAGAGGAGAAAGAACGGGUUACCUGUCGGGAAACUGUUGAGGAGGGAGACUAAGGAAAAAUAGAGAUAUGGAUAAAGAAGGAACUGUAUUUUUGCCCCAGGAAACCUAAAUCUGGCGGUUUCUUACUUCCGGAGCUUUGCCACAGGUGGUAACUCAAAUCAAAUUUUAUCUCUCUCUUUUGUUUUCUCUUUCUUCUCUUGAGCUGCCAGCGGAGGAGGCUAGGAAAAAGUCAGCUUUUAGCCCGGGAUAACUUUGUGUACUCUCGAACUCUUGCAAACAUGCUCGUAGGCAUGCUUGUACUAAAUACCUGCUUUGAAUACAAACGUUGUCCUCAUUUAUAAGAAUUGUGUUUGUAUAAAAUUGUAUAAAAAUGC